CAUCACAAUCAAUCCUCUAUAUUCAAGUCCGGAGUGAACUCCAAGCAUUAGACCAAAAGAAGAAAAGAUGGGAGCUGAAUCAGCAUUCCGCAUUACGGUUUCCAUAGAGGUGCUGCAAUAACGAAACGACAUUCAGCCACAUCCUUGAUCUAAUGCGCGGUAAUCUUCGGCGGUGUGUCUUUUUUCGCCGGGAGUCUAGAAAUCGUCGCAUCACUUUGGACUCUCAACAGACCUCGUGCCAGCUGAACAAGACUUUACGCAAUUUGGUGGGAGUCCUAGUGAUGCAUGUGCAAGUCUGAAAAUCUUGGAGGUUCCCCGACUCUUGUUGGUGCUUGCACACGCGAAUGCACAUACGUCUACUACCUCCUCCACUCUUCUUCAUGGCCCGUCAGAGGUCACGCAGCUGACAUUUUCUUACUUGUGCUUGCGGUUACCUGUCUCCAGCAUGCACCCCGUCUAGACAAUACAUGUGGUGCCUGUGUGCUGCGUUUGAACAAGAGUCUUUGCCAUACUAUGGCUGAAGAUCUGCGGUUGAAAGGACCUGCUGAAGCGCUCGCUCAUCUCAUGCGGUGUAGGCAAGAGAGGUCGGUGACCAAUGUCUCACUCACAGAUGUCCCGGUCAGAGUGUGUUCGCAAGAAAACCAGGCAUCCUAUCAUUGCGCCAUCAGCACAAUGGACGGCCGGUAUCAUGUGUCAAGAGUUGAGUGGCAUUGUGAUACCGCACAGCAGGUUUUGGAUGAUACGAUAGGACUGUGCUAUUCAUUCUGUACUUGGUGUAAGUUGAUUUCGAGCGUCCAGAGAUUUCUACCCAUCGUAGAUGCAUCUUGAAUAGGCAUGUUGUCGUUCCAGCAAAGCUGUAGAAAGGGACAAGGUAGACCAAA